AAUCACCCACGCGCGAAAAACACAAGCCGCUUUUUGGGUCACCUUCCGAGCCUUCCGAGCUGCCUUCCGAGAGAGCUUCUGACGGUGUGUCUUUCCGAGUCCAUCCCCAUCGCCACAAUUGCACUCAACCAACAACAGCGACAAUGCUCUCUACCGUCCUCCUCCGUCGCUCGCCCGCCUCUCUGCGGCUUCUCUCCUCUUCCAGCUUCUCCCCGCUGGCUGGAGCAGCUGCAGCACGCGCAAAGCACACCCUCCCCGAUCUCCCCUACGACUACAACGCCCUCGAGCCCUUCAUCUCCGCCGAGAUCAUGAAGCUGCACCACGCAAAGCACCACCAGACCUACAUCACUAACCUCAACGCCGCAGAGGAGAAGCUCGACGACGCCUUCGCCAAAAACGAUCUCAAGGCCCAAAUCACGCUCCAGCCCGCUAUCAAGUUUAACGGUGGUGGUCAUAUUAACCACUCCAUCUUCUGGACCAACCUCGCCCCGCAGAGCCAGGGCGGAGGCGAGAACCCAAAGGGUGCCUUGCUGAAUGCUAUCAAUGACCGCUUCGGGUCUCUUGACGAGUUCAAGAAGAAGUUCGCGGAGCAAACCGUUGCUGUACAGGGAUCUGGGUGGGGUUGGCUCGCGUACCAUAAGGAGUCGAAGCGGUUGGAUAUCCUUACCACUCAGAAUCAGGACCCCGUCACCACUCAUGUGCCGCUCCUCGGCAUCGACGUUUGGGAACAUGCGUACUACCUUCAAUACAAAAACGUCCGUCCCGACUAUCUCAAAGCCAUCUGGAAUGUUGUCAACUGGAAAAAUGUCGCAGAGCGUCUUGCUGCCGCUCAAUAAAUUGAAUCCCAGAUGUAAAUGUGAUGUAAAGAGGGUCCACACGAUGGCUGCAUAUUCUUGUAAAUACCCACUUGAAAAAAUCUCAAUAUUCAA